UUAGGGCUCUUCGCUAGGGUUUGUGGAGAAGGAGAGGUCUUUUGCCAUGGUGAGGAAGGAAGACACGGUGACGCUCAUCAGCGCCGAGGGAUUCGAGUUCAUCAUCGAUCGAAAGGCCGCGCUCGUGUCGAACACGCUCAAGAACAUGCUCACAUCCGCAGGGAGCUUUACCGAGACCGAAUUGGGAGAGGUCAGAUUUCCAGAGAUCAGCACGCCGAUUCUCGAGAAAGUGUGCCAGUACUUCUACUGGUCAUUGCAAUUUGCGAGUGGAAAAGAGACCGAGUUCCAUAUCGAGCCCGAGAUGACGCUGGAGCUCUUGAUGGCGGCAAAUUACCUCCACACCUGAAUAUAGGAUAUUCUUUCGCUACGAUGUAAAAGAUUCUCUUAAAGCGCUGUAUGAGUUUAGGGUU